AUGAGUGAACUUGAAUCCACCACCUCUGUUGCUAAACCUGACUCAAAAGAAGCCUCUGCUGCAUUUAUGUCUCCGUACUAUCUUCAUCCAGUAGAUAGUACAGGACAGGUGCAGACUCCAAUUUUGUUGAAUGGAGUGAAUUACGAACGGUGGUCGAAGUUGAUGUUGAAUUCUCUUCGUACCAAGCGGAAACUGGGUUUCGUUAACGGAACUCUUAAACGGCCUACCAAUAACCCCGACGAAGAAGAGAAGUGGGAUAUGGUAAAUGCUAUGAUCAUUGGUUGGAUCUACAACAGCGUCGAACCGAAGCUGCGACAAUCAAUCUCGUUGGUGGAUAACGCCAACUCGAUGUGGGCAAGCCUGCAACGACGAUUCUUUGUCAGUGACGAUACGAGAAUUCAUCAACUACACUCUGACAUCGCGGCGUGCAAACAGAACGGUGACGAGGUGGAAGUGUAUUUUAGCAAGCUCAGGAUCAUGUGGGAUGAUCUUGCGGAUUUUGAGAAAGGUUUUACGUGUUGUUGUACAACUGCAAAUUGUGAAUCCAUGGUGAAUUAUGAGAAGAUGCGGGAGAAGUUACGAGUGCAUCAGUUUCUCAUGGGUCUUGACAAUUCUCGUUUUGGGACAACGAGAUCAAAUCUGUUAAGUCGACAAACAGAUUUGAACCUUGAGUCCGUGUACUCUCAGGUUAUUCAAGAAGAACGACACAUCAACGCCAUGCGCACCACCGAAGAUCGAACUCCGAUUGUUGGUUUCUCGGCAACGACGUCAGCUUCUUCCCAACAGAACCACUAUGUUUCCUCUGUUUCCUCUGCUCAGGCAUCAACGUCUCGAUUUGUUAAGCCGACGAUAGUGUGUUCUCACUGUGGUAAACAGGGACAUGAAGCAAGUAGCUGUUUUCAGUUGAUUGGUUUUCCUGAGUGGUGGGAAAAAGAUAAAUCCUCCGGUGGUCGUGGGGGUUUCGGUCGUGGCAGAGGAGCUUCAAACCAAGGGCGUGGUCGUGGAGGUCGUGGAUCAGGCUUUCGUGCCUCACACACACAGCUUGGUGAUUCAUUUUCCUCAGCAGAUACAUCAUCUUCCGGGAUUCCAAACUUCACGACAGAUCAAUGGGCUACUCUGGAACAGUUUGUGAAGAAACAGGGUACCAAUACCAAACCUCCGGGUAAGACAAAAAAAUUACUUCUUUUUGGCAAAGAACGUCGUCAUGAUAUUAUCAUUGACUCGGGUGCUUCCCAUCAUAUGACGGGGGAUUUGCACUUACUUACCGAUGUUAUCACUAUUGCUCCUUGCCCGAUUGCUUUACCUAAUGGACAGAUCACUUGGUUUUGUGUGAUACAAGACCUCGGUUCGAAGACUUUGAUUGGAGCAGGGAAGGAGCGUGACGGGGUUUAUCACUACGAGGGUGUUGUUGCAGUUCAAGCCGGACAUAUGGGCAAACUACAGACUCGGGAUUUAUGGCAUCAUCGUAUGGGACAUCCAUCUUCUAGGGUGCUUUCAGUUUUAGGAUCUAUUGGUGGUUUUCUAAUAGUGUAG